AUGUGGAGGCUAUUCGGGAAUUCAAUAAGAUUCUCUUGUACAUUUACAAGACAAAGCAAUAUCAUCAGAAAUCUCCACAGUAUGAACAAAUACUGAAAAAGAAUGAACAGAUGUAUGCCUUGCUGGUAAUUUGUCUUUCACUUUGCCCCCAAGCGAAACUUGUCGAGGAGACUGUGAACUCUCAGUUGCGAGAGGAGUAUGGUGAAAAGAUGGCUAGAAUGCAAAGAUAUGAUGAUGAAGUUUUUGCCAUCUAUGAUGAGCUCUUCUCAUAUGCAUGUCCCAAGUUCAUCACACCAUCAGCGCCUAGCUUUGAGGAUCCCCUUGUAAAUUACAACCAGGAUUCCUACAGACUUCAGUUGAAGCUGUUUCUAUGUGAAGGGAAGCAGCAACAGUUUUUAUCAGGUGUCCGUACAUUUCUUAAACUGUGUUCAACUACAUCUCUCGUCAAGCUUGCAAGUUACAUGGAAGUGGAUGAGCCCACUCUGAGGUUGACAAUUCUUUCAAUCUUCUUAACGGGUCUUUUUUUUCAUUUCAAUGUUUGCUUCAUUUGUUGUGUGCUGACCUUGUGUCAUAUCUAG